AUGUCACAACCAGGUACUCCUCAUAGAAGUCCAUUUCGAUCACCUACCAAAAGACGAAUUGAAACACUUGUAUCUCCUGGAAUCCCCAAGUUUAAGUUUUCACCAGUUAAAACUCCCAAUGGUAGGGCUGGCUUAGCUUCUCCAGAGAAGAGAUCAAUGGCAGAUCUUGACAAAUCUGCAAGAAAAAGAGCAAAUACCAAUCUAUACAACAGAUUAAUGGAUGAAUAUGAUGAUGAUAAUAAUGAUUUUCUUGAUGAACAAGAUCGAAUUCUUGCAGAAAGAAUCAUCAAACAAUCACGUGGAGAACAAGAUAAUAAUUUGUUUAAUUAUGCUCCUGAUGUUCAAGUAGAAAUUGACUUAACAAAAGUGGUCCCAAUUCUAAAAAAGGAGAGUAAGCAACAUAAAAGAACAUCAUCAAGACCACGAAGACAAGCUGCUCCUAAGAAAAUUGUGAAGGAGUUAACUUACUCCAGUGAUAGUAGCAGUGAAGAAUUCAUCGAUGACACAGUUGAAGAAGACGAAGAAGAAGAAGAAGAUGAUGUCGAUGAACUUGUAAGUGAAGACGAUAAGGAUGAUGAUUUUGAAAUUAAGGAAGAAGCCCCAAAGGUAGUCAAGAAGAAAUCCGAGUUCAGGAUGCAGACAAAAAGCAAAUCAGGUGUGAAAAAGAAGAGAGGCAGACCAAAGAAGAGUGAACACGUUGCCGAUAGUGUCAAGAGUAUCUUCCAUCAAGAUGAUAAAUUGUUCAAAUCUGAAAAGAAACAAGAAAGUGAACCACCAAAACCAAAGGAAUUAAUAAUCCCAAAACCUCCAGUGAAGUAUCUACAUUCAAUUUUCGACCAAAUUUAUGAUAGAAACUCCGUACCGACUAUCAGUGGAAUAGCCAAAUCCAAAAUUGAAGAAGAUGAUAGUAUGGUGUUUGAACCACUUCCUAUUCCAAACCUAGAUGAAAAUGGUAACAUUGCCGAUGAAGAGUACAUAAAGAAGUAUUUUGAUGGAGUUGAUCCGGCCAAAUACAAAGAAGGUAGAUUUUUAGAUGAUAAGGUCUUUUUCUUGGAAGGAUCCGAAGGGUAUUUUGAACAGCAAAGUAGGAGACACAAAGCAAGUGGCAAUUUAUUAUCAUCGGUUGCACCAGAAUUAGAUUUUAGUGAGUUUUACAAACUUGUGAAGCUUGGGGAUGCUGUUAGUUCUUCACAGAAACAAGAACUUUGGCAAUUACACAAAUACUUGUAUAAUCAAUGGUGUUUUGAGUUGACUCAAGGAUUCAACCUUAAUUUUUUUGGUAUUGGAUCGAAGAUCGAUAUUCUUAAAGAUUUUGCUCAGAACUAUUUUGGGUUAUGGUGGAAAGAAGUUGUUGGUAAAGAAGAACUACCUAAGGUGUUGGUGAUAAAUGGGUACAAUCCUAGUGUGAAUAUUAGAAAAAUGAUCUUCGACAUUGGAUCAAUUUUAGUACCCGAUGUUAUCAUUCCUAAACACGUUGCUGGUACUGUUCCGUUUGUGAUGAAUUAUUUAGAAGAGUCAAGAAAACCCGUACCUAAAUGCGGUUUUCAUAUCCCGAAAAUUCUAUUGAUUAUUCACAAUCUUGAUGGGGAAGUCUUUAGAGUAGACAAAACCCAAACAUUGUUGUCACAACUAAUGAGUCUUCCUGAGGUGUGGGCAAUGUCAUCUACGGAUCACAUCAAUGUGCCAUUAUUGUGGGAUCUGUCAAAAUUGAAGAAUAUGAAUCUUAUCUGGCACGACUUGACAACGUUUUCCUCGUAUCAACGCGAAACAUCAUUCAAGGAUGUUUUGAAUAUCGGAAGAUCCAAGAAAUAUGUCGGUGGUUUAGGUGCGAAAUUCGUGUUACGUUCGCUUACUGAAAAUCACCGUAACUUGUAUAGAGAAUUAUUGAUUGCUCAAUUGGAUAAUAUGGAGAAAUCAGCCCCAUCAGAGGGUGCAAGAGUUGGAUUGAAAGGUACUAUUAAGGUUGCAGUUGAAUUAAAAGAUCUUUACAACACAUGUUUGAAUGAAUUCAUUACAUCCAAUGAAAUUACCUUCCGUACAUUCUUGAAAGAAUAUGUGGAACAUAAGAUGUGUCAAUUGGUAAAGAACUCUUCUGGGGUUGAGAUGAUAUUCGUCCCUUUCACUUAUGAAGAGAUCCAAAAUAUUUAUAAACAGGAAUUUGAAUAG